UCUUUCAACAGCAGCAAGUUAGUCAGCCACCUCGGUAGCUUGCUAGCCCAAAUAGCCGAACCAAUAAAUCUCUUUAGACCCUUUCGUGUUUACUAGCCACUGUGUUUUAAACCCACUUCGGUCGUCUAGUUUGUUAUCCGAUUUAAUUAAAUAUUUACGGUGUUGUUGUUAUUAGUCAGCUAGCGGACUGGUUAAGUUAGCAUUAGCCUAGCUAGCUAACAUCUCCGACCAUGAGGUCACUUAACUAGGUUCCUCAACUGGGUUGCCCACUCCAGUCAGCAGAUGGCGAUGUGCGUAUUUUAGGUCUAAGCGAUGCUGCCAGUGUGACGUUUAAUCUAGUGGACGGGACGCUUCUUCAACAACAACAGCUAGUCAGACACCUCCGUAGCUUUCUAGAAAACAUAGCUACAACAUUCACGAUCUUUACACUGUUUUGGUGUAUAUUAGUCGCUGUGUAUUAAGCACACUUCUGUCGUAUUUACUUGUUGGCCCAUUCAAUUAUAUAUUUACGUUGUUUGUCAGCUAGCUGGUUUGCUAAGUUAGCAUUAGCCUAGCUAGCUAACAUCCCCGACAAUGAGCUCACUAAGCUACUCUCCUCCUGGUAAAGAAGAGGUCUGCUGGAUGGAGAAAGAAGCUCUCGUGAAAGAGGAGACGGAAGAGGAGUCUGUUACAAUAAAACAAGUAGAGGGUGAGACUGUUAUAGUGAAAGAAGAAGAGAAAGAAGUUGCAGUGAAAGAAGAGGAAGACGCGUUCAGAGUGAAAGAUGAGGGGGAUGUUACAGUAAAAGAAGAGGAGGAAGAGGAGGAUGCAGUUUUUGGAGAGAAAGAGGAGGAGGAGAUGACUAUCACAUCCAGAAAGGAGGAGGAAACUGAAUUUCUGGUACCGGUUUCCCAAAUGAAUCUUAAGGCAUCUUAUGGUUCUAAGCAUGAACUUAGCCGUAAUAUGGUUUUGGGAAACAGGGCCCUGAUUAACACUAGAGAGAGAUGUGACUAUCGUGGAUCCUCUGGGGAGUCUCAACAACAUCAUGAAGCUGACGAGGCAGAGAAGAGUCUCUCCAGAUCAGAACACCUCAAGAAACACCAGCAGACACCCACAGGGAAGAAGUCUCACUGCUGCUCUGACUGUGGGAAGAGAUUCAACUCUUCAGGAGACCUUAAAAUACAUCAAAGAAUUCACACGGGAGAGAAAUAUUUUGGCUGUGAUCAAUGUGGGAAGAGAUUUACUGAGUCAAGCAGCCUGAAAUCACACCAGAGAACACACACAGGAGAGAAACUUUAUAGCUGUUAUCAAUGUGGGAAAAGUUAUACUACAUCUAGCCAUCUAAUUGUACACCAGAGAACACACACAGGAGAGAAACCUUUUAGCUGUGAUCAAUGUGGGAAGAAAUUUACUGUCUCAAACUCCUUGAUAGUGCACCGGAGAAUACACACAGGAGAGAAACCUUAUAGCUGUAGUCAAUGUGGAAAGAGUUUUACUCAACCAGAAAGCCUGAUAGUGCACCAGAGAAUACACACAGGAGAGAAACCUUAUAGCUGUUAUCAAUGUGGGAAAAGUUGUACUACAUCUAGCCAUCUAAUUGUACACCAGAGAACACACACAGGAGAGAAACCUUUUAGCUGUGAUCAAUGUGGGAAGAGUUUUGGUACAUCUAGCCAUCUAAUUGUACACCAACGAACACACACAGGAGAAAAACCUUAUAGCUGUCGUCAAUGUGGGAAGAGUUUUGGUCAAUCUAGCGAUCUGACAGUGCACCAGAGAACACACACAGGAGAGAAACCUUAUAGCUGUGGUCAAUGUGGGAAGAGUUUUGUUCAAUCUGGCCAUCUGACAGUGCACCAGAGAACACACACAGGAGAGAAACCGUAUAGCUGUGGUCAAUGUGGGAAGGCUUUUAGUACAUCUGGCUAUCUGACUAUACACCAGAGAACACACACGGGAGAAAUUUUGUAGCUCUGAUAAAUCUGACAAGCGAUGCUCUGAGAAAAGACAUCUGAUCAAACAUCAGAAAAUACAUACAUGAAGGAAUUGUUUCAUGAAAUCAAUGAAAUAUCCCACCUAGGAAAAUGUAAUUGAAAAGACGUUGAAAAGAAGAAGAUGCCCGAUGUCCAAUAUACGUUCGGUUUUAAUUGAAAGUUAAAAAUAUGUAUUUUCGUUCGUUUUUUUCAAUGACUUGAAAACAACUUAAUUUCAACGUAAGCCUAGACACAUUUCAACGCAGCCUAGACACAUGGACGCAAUAUAAUGAUUUGGUCUAUAAUCAUUUUGACUAACAAGCUUACAUCACUCCAGUAUUUAUUGACAACAUUCAAAUGCAAAUUGUCUUUACUACUGAAGAAGCAUGACUCAAAUCACCUAUUCAUAUUUCAAACAUCCAGCCUGACAAAAUAUAUUUGUUUUAUUAUUCCAUGCCUCACCAUUAAGUUAAUUAUUGCCAAUACAUAUUAACAAAGGAGUGUACAUUUGGUUUUCAUAUUUCAUAUUUACAAUUCAUUUAACAUUUAGUAAUCAUAAUUAUUUAUGCAACCAACUGACAAUUUUUGGAACAAUUAUAUUGACAUUGUUGCCCUGCUUUUAAAAUAUCAGGGUUCAUUCUCAGAUAUGCCAACCCAAAUGUACUAGAGCAUGACAUUGUGGACUGGGUCCCGAUCCAACAACAUGCCUAUUGAGUGAACCCUGAAAAGAGAGAAGCUCCGCAGUGAGGUGGAAAGUUACUACGGAUAUUAAGGAGCUAAUUCUAGAAGCUAGUGAGUUUUGGGAAGACGAGAGUUCCAGAAGCUAGUGAGUUUUAGGAUUCUAUAGAAAGAAAAAUGAGAAAACAUACGAUUGAAUAUUAUUAUUUAGAAGUACGUGUUUUUUCUUGUUUUUAAUUGUUGACAGCCAGUAGACACCAUGUUUAUAUUGUAGAAGGUGAAGCAUUGUAGUUGAUUGUAAUGUGAAAUGUAAGUUUUUUCCUGUUGGUGGUGAGCAAGCGUGUCCAACAAAAAUAUAGGAUAUAUUUUUUGUCUUAAAAGGGAAGGUGUUGGAGUCAGGUUUUUCCAUUAAUGCUUUUAGGUUGGUCUUUAGCACGUAUAGCUCGUUAGCACGUAGUACAUACCUGUGCUGGUUUGUCCAUCUCGUUAGUGGGAAAGUGUUUCACCUGAGCUGGCCCAGGUUCUAUUUAAGAGUGUCUGGCCCAGUAUUCUAGUUGUCUUGAUAGAUGUGGAGAGUCAACACCUUUAGUUGCUCCACUUCCUGUCUUUUGUUUGCCUCUUCUUGGGCAGAUUUAGUGGGUCUCAUAGUGGGUAUCUUUUAGGUCCCAGUUAUUGUUACUAGUCAACUUUCAGUGGACACCCUCAUAGUGUCUUUCAGAGCCCUUCUAAAACCUGUUUAGUUGUGGUUGUUGUCAAUGACUCUUUGUUAGUUCCCUCUUCUGUUUGAGCAACAUUUCUGGUUUUCCUGCUGGCGAAUAUAACAACAAACAAUGGAGUAAAACAAGCUUAUAUUUUGGGUUGGAUAUUUCAUCCAAUUGUUCAUAUUUUAAUCAAUUGCAUUUCCUUAAAAUGCUCAUUAGUCUUUCAGUUGUUUAUCUUCAGUUUUUUAUCCUCUUAUUUUCAUUUUUUUCUGUGAAACAAUUGUGUUGCAUCAAUGUCUGAAAUGUGCUGUAUAAAUAAAGCUUGAUUUGAACAUA